CGGCGAAAUGGCCCCGCUAAGUAACAUCGAAAGACUGUACCUCAGUCUGUAUGCUGAAGCGUUGAAAAACUUUGAGACUGAUCAUGCCGCCGCGCGGCGACAAUUGCGCGAUCUUCUGAGAAGACCAAUGUUACCGCCGCUCACGAGGGCAAAGUGUAACUUGAUGAUGGCAUUCCUUGUCCCAAACGUUGACGAUGCACAGGAGUACUUGGCAGCGACUCGAGAUAGCCUCGCCUUCAACGCCGCGCUCGGCCGAGCUCCGAGCGAAUUUGAUUUUGAAGCUGAUAUUCAGACGUGUGAAGAGCACCUCCAGGAUCGGCGCGAUCAUCCAGAGGACUACAGCAUGAGCGACGACGAACUCGAAGGCGAUGGUCUCACUCACGAAGACUGGGCACGAUACUACUUCGAUGACGAAGCGGAUGCAGGACCUGACGAGCCCAGUGCCGAACAGGACCUAGAUAUCCCGGAUGACACUUACGAUGUCGAUGUCGAGGAAGAGUCGGCUGCUUUGCCUGUCCACGAUGUCGAUGACGAGGAAGAGCCAGCUUAUUUGCCUGCGUCGAGCGGACUUCCUGUACGUUCAACAUCAAGACCAGCUGAAGCUGAUAGUGCAACUUCAGAGUUCGAUCUGCGUUCGGGCAUUCCGGAGAGAUCUACCGAUGAUGUUGACGAUUCGGAGCUUUGAUCCUCCUCCCUGGCACGAUGUGGUGGUUGCUGGCGUGAUUGCUUGCGCUGUAUAACGGCCCAUGCUCAUCGUCUCAACAAUACUCGUCUUUGAGGAUGGUUCCUCAUUGCCUACAACGGGUCAGACCGUCCAUUUUCCCUGUGUAGGGAACGAUACUGUCGCUUGACGUGGUUGCAUGCGCCAUAAAAAAUGGUUGCUGCUCCUUGUCUUGACUAUGAUAUUGAAAG